GGCUUUUCAAAAGGUAGUGGAACGCAGCUGUUUGUUUUUCGGCCCAAUGUAACUCAGGAUUUUGCUGGUUGUCAGCAAUGGGUGCAAGAACACUGCGAUUGCCAAUCAUUACUGACAUCAAACAUAAAGGAAUGCAUUUCAUCAUAAUGGAUUCACCUUCUAAGAAUAAUGUGCCUUAUUUUGUGGAGGAAUGCUGUAAACUUCAUGUUUCUGAUGUCGUUCGAGUUUGCGAAAACCGUUAUCCCAUAGAACCUUUCGAAAAGGCGGGAAUUUCUGUCCAUCAUUGGGAAUUCAGUGACGGUUCACCUCCACCAGAAAAUAUACUUACAGAAUGGUUCACACUUCUUAGAAAUCGAUUCUACGGUGAAAAUAAUGGUGCUCAGGAAAACUCCAAAAAUAUAGAACCUGGUCCUGUUGCUGUUCAUUGUAUAGCUGGUUAUGGAAGGGCUCCAGUCCUAGUUGCUGUUGCAUUGAUGGAACUUGGAAUGUCCAGUGAAGAUGCAAUAGAACUUAUUCGCAAUAAACGUAAAGGUGCAUUUAAUGAUCGUCAAAUCCAUUAUCUGACCAAUUAUCACGCCCAUUCCCGUCUUCGUCGUCAUAAUCAUCGAUGCUACCUUGUAUAAUCAAGCACUUUAGAGAUACAAAUGGAACAUUUCCUUGUAUAUCAUCAUCAUCAUCACCACAACCAACACCUCUAUUUCACACCCUAACACCAAUACACUUACAAAAGUCACAAACACGGUGAUCUAUCAUCUUUUUGUGUGUGUGUGUGUGUGUUGAUAAAUUACUUUCCUCUGAUUUGUGUGUGUGUAUAUUUCUACCUACAGACAGUUAUCACACUUUUUUAUCUUACCGCUUCAUCGCCAUCAUCAGCAGCAGUAUCGUCAUUAGUGUUGUUGCUUUUGUUCUGAUUUAAUCCAAUACCAGCUGUCGCCAUUGUUGUUGUUGUUGUCGGUGGUGGUGGUGGUGGUGUGUUUCUCUCUAUGAAAGAUAAAACUCUGUAUGCUUGGCAUAUAGUGUAUGUGAUGUGCGUGCGUGUGUGAGUGUGUCUGUGUGUGACUACACACUUUCGCCUAUUUCUCCUAUUCUUUAAUAUUCUCACUUCAUGCGCAAAUUUCAGUUAUACAUUAUUAUUAUCAUUAUUAUUGAUCUAUUUUCAUUUUUCUCUGUUAUUAUAUUUUUAUUUUUCAGCCUACCAUUUAUUUUUAAUCACAUGUUAUGCGUUGAUGAUAAUUUUGUUCAGAUUCUGAUAUGAUGAUGAUUAUUAUU